UCAUUGCUCCGCAUUGCAUCAAGUCCCAAGAUAUUCGAGCUCUUCAACAUGCCUCCGGUUGCUGCUGCGGGUGGUAUGGCCGGUCCAUCGCCAUUCGACAAAGCCAAGAUGGGAGCCAUGAUGGGCGGCACCGUCGGUCUUUGCAUUGGAUUCAUAUUCGGAUCUUAUAGCAUUAUCACGCAGGGUCCUGGCCCUCGGGGUAUGCUGCGAACACUGGGCCAGUACAUGCUUGGAUCGGCCGCUACGUUUGGCUUCUUCAUGUCUAUCGGUACCACGAUUCGGACAGAAAGUUCGCCAAUUCUCACAGAGGCAUUUCGACGAGCACAUGCACAGCACGGUCCGCCGGCCAUUGCGCCUUUGCAUCGGUUGAGGCGACCACACGCCGUGGCGCAACUUUCGUGAAGAGAUGCGACCACCUUGCACCUGGUCUCACCAAGAGAGGUUGUCGGGACCUAUACGAGUUCAAGCUCUACCGCAGAUUCGCACUGCGGCGAUUGGCAUUCCACAGCCAAAGUGAACUUUUAUUCAUGAUGAAAGAGUUGGGACAUGUCAAAAAAUGGGUUGGUUUCGAUUUGCGGCGGCAGCCAUUGAUCGAAUGUAUCACCACAUGUACACAAGCACCAUGACCGAGAUGCUCUAAAAGCAUCAUUACCACAAAUUGAAAUUCAGUCCAUGGGCAAAACAAAAACGUUAUCCACC